GCAAGCAACGUCAUAAUAUUAUGAUAGUGCCGCCGCCUCAUUUACGCGUGAGCGAUCCAACUACGCGUUUGGGAGCUUCACAUCCCAGUUUCGGUUUUGGAGCUCCAAAGCUUUCAAACUUGCCGACUUUACAACCUCAUUAAACCCAAUUAUCACAACCUCGCACUGCUAGUAGUCACACAUCUAGGGCAAAGAGCACAUCAUGGCUCCCGUUGAGAUGAAUCACGAGCCGAGCUAUAUGGCGCUGGCAGUCACGUUGGCUCAUCUUGGUCUGAUUGUAUACUUGACCUAUUCCGUCGGUGCGAGCCUGUAUACAUCGUAUAGGUCACUGCCCCCCUCGCAAGACACGCGACAGCGCCUGUCACAACGAGUGAAACUGGUGCCUGUCUUCGUUGGACUUUCUGCUGUGGCCCUCUCACUCGCGACGUACUCUUCAAUCGGCUACGCUACUUUGUCUUAUAAGACCUGGGCUGAUGAGAGAGGCGUCGACCUUCCUGAACACUUCAUUGGUGAAAAGGGCUUCUUCUCAGACACCAAGAACUCCAGCCAGAUUUACCUAACACGAUGGUUGAAUGACACACCGGUUUACUACGAUGCUCUGGAAAUUAUCGCAGAGAAGGCGCGAAGGUUCUGGUGGGGACAACAGAUUGACCUUGCGACCGUCACCUGGAGUAUGCUGCUCGCAAUCGAGGGCCGCCGAAGACGCGUCCCUCUUCUCUCAGCGUUCAUGGGACUAGCACACCUCGUCAAUCUUUCCUUUGCUCAGAACCUCUUCUAUCUCGCCUUACUUCUCACGCCUUCACCAAUCCCAUCCGGUCAGGACGACCUCAAACUCCCUGUUGCUCCUCUCGCCUCACGUUGGGAACGCAUCCGCAAUACGCUCAUGCCGCCAAAGCCAGACAACUGGUGCCCUCACCCAGCCUUAUAUCUGGCAACCCUUUCCCUCAACUUUACUGCCGUGUUCCUCUUGCCAUACGCUGUAGAAAGGCCAUCAUUCGUAACAGUCGUGCUUUUAACGAGAGCCUCAACCUUCAUGCCACUCCUGAUACCCAAGGUUGUACCCGCGAAAUGGGGCACCGUCCACGCUCACCCACACAAUGCAUACAGCUCCUUCACCGGUCUCUUCCGGUUCAUCUCCGUCGCAUCUUUCAUGCUUCACGCAAAGGCUAGUUUCUUGGGAUUGUCAUACAAUGCACCAGACUCGCACGUCCAUCGUCACAGCCGCUUCAUACCUUGGGACGUCGAGAAGCGAUCCACCUGGGAGCGCGGCACAACUGCUCUUGGUAAGGUGCUAGGAUCUACAAGCGACCAUCCAGUCGUUGCUGCAGUGGGAUGGGAUGCCCUAAUUUGCGCCCUAAGCCUCGGCUUGUGGGCAGCUGUACGAAACGCCGAUGUUCAGGAUAUCGUCACAUCAAUCGUCCCCUUCCAUAAAUCACCCGCAUGCCAAUCAGCUGCCCCCAAAGAAAUCACGUCAAAAUCAACCAUGAAGCGCGAGCUCGAUGUUACAACGGAAUCCUCGGAACCCGAAGGGCAAAUAACGCUCCGCCGCCAGGCCCGUCACAAGCCUCGCGUUGCUAGCGUCGCGAGCGUCGCCAGCUCCAGUGAGGAAGUUGCAGCGCCUACUCCGCGAAAACGUGGCCGGCCGAAGAAGAAGCAGCCGGCGUCGGAGCCAGGAUCGGAACCUGUUGCUGAGCAAGCGUAUAAGCCCACAGCCAAAGAAGCUCGGGAUGCGCUUGAGGGAGACGUCCUGCCGCCCGAGGAGCUGGACUGGGAAUCAGCUGCUCUUACUUGGGGUUUGUCAGCUCUUGGAGGACUGGGUAGUGCGUCGGCUGGUGUGUUUGGCGGGGAGUGCAUUUCGAGAUGAAAAAGGAUGAACCCCAUUCACGAAUCAAGUGGCAGGUGAUAUCUGUUUGAGGUUUCGGGGACAUUGGAGUUUGGAGUCGGUUGGUUAGGGCUUCUCGGGGCAUAUUGGAUGGAUAGCAGUCGCCCAAGGACCGAGGG